UUUUUUCAAGAGCCAAAACACUCCAGACUGUUGUAAAUAAAUUGAAUUGAACUGAAUCAGUGUAGGAUAAAAUGUUUUAGCUUCUCCAAAUGCUCUGUGAUGGACUUUUUCUUGUGGGUAAAAAGUUACAUCUGCUGUGUUUGUGGACACAGCACAGUAAUGUUGCUGGCAUUGUGUUGCACCUGACCUUUUGUGCAUCACUCAGUCAUGCUAGACCACAGAACCGAUAGUGAGCAUAUUUAAUGGAUUAGCCUCUUUAUUAGUAACAAGUAGAGAUGGAUGAGCUACAAGCAGACAGGACAAUGAGAGAUCAUUAAAAAUAGAGCACAGUGAAUCGCUGCCAAGUCCUGAAUAGGAGCCACAAAGAGUUAACAAUGCCUUAACCGUCUGCAAGGUGGCCUUUUACUUUCACUGUCUCCUGUUUCUAGUUUUUUUUUUGGGAGGUUUUCUUUCUUCAAAUUUUAAAAUCGUUUGUAAAGCAAAACUUUUUCAUUCUAUGAAGAUAUGUGACUGUAAGUAACUUGUUGGUCUAGCAUUUUCUGUCAAGACUUUUGAUACUGCAGCACAUGUUGUGAAUUCUCCAACGAAAUCAGACUAAAAAAAAAAGCUUCACAACUUUGAGAAACCGUUUAUUUGCAGCACAGCGACAAACUGCUGAUAAUGAUAUUUACUCUAUUCUAUGCAGACACUCAUAAAGAUUCACUCACUUCGGCAUGCUGAAUGCUUAAAGUGGGUCCAACAGGAAAGUAAUCAACUUUUUUUCUGUUUAGUUCAACUGGCCAUCAUUUGACCACUCAUACUGGUGUUUUUUAGUCCUGCUAACGACUCUAUAUCUCCAGCCCUGAGAGCUGCCAGUCAGCAAUUUUUAGAUGCACACCCUCUCCAACACACCUGAAUCCAAUGAAUGACUCAAUACCAGAACUGCUGAUGAGGGAAUUCAUGCGUUUGACUGAGAAAUGUUGGAGAAAGAAUGCUGUUAAAAAUUUCAGGACAGCAGCUUGGGCUCCAGUGAUCUUGAUUGAUGUGCUGCUGUCUCCCAGGGAGGAAGGUGGUCACAUUUACUGUAAAAAUGGAUCCCUGCGUCCGGCUUUGGAUUGUCCUCUUCAGUACCUCUUCCACCUGUUGAGACGUCGCAGAUAGCCGCCCUGCCGCACUUCUGGGAUGGUGUGACGUCCAGCCACCUGCUGGCUGCCCCACAUCUGGGUCGAGAUGCCUGUGAUGAAGGGGCUCCUGGCCCCACAGAACACCUUUCUGGACGCCAUCGCCACGCGCUUCGAUGGCACCCACAGCAACUUCUUGUUGGGUAAUGCCCAGGGCCAUUGCGGCUACCCCAUCGUUUACUGCUCUGAUGGCUUCUGUGAGCUGACUGGCUUCACUCGCACCGAGGUGAUGCAGAAGAACUGCACCUGUCGCUUCCUUCAUGGAGCCGACACCUGCGAACACGUGGCCCAGCAGAUAGAGAAGGCUCUGGAGGGACGGGAAGAGUACCAGACUGAAGUCCACUUUUACAAAAAGAAUGGUGUGGCCUUCUGGUGUCUGCUGGACAUUGUGCCCAUAAAAAACGAAAAGGGCGAAAUGGUUCUCUUCCUCUUCUCAUUCAAGGACAUCACUGACAGCUAUGGGAAGGGGCAUCACAGCAGCAAGAGGGGUGAAGACAGCAGGUACAGGAGGAAGAGCAGCUCUCACUUCCGCGAGGCCAGAAAACACGGACGCACCAUGUUGUACCAGCUGACCAGCCGAUUCUCCAGAGGAGGCAAAAGAGACGUCAACCUGAGCGGAACGAUGGUGGACAAACCUUCAGUACCAGAGUACAAGGUGGCGGCGGUGCAGAAGUCUCGCUUCAUCCUGCUCCACUACAGCGUAUCCAAGGCGCUGUGGGACUGGCUCAUUCUGCUGGCUACCUUCUACGUGGCCGUCACCGUACCCUACAACGUUAGUUUCUCCCCACACGAUGACUCCAUCCCUGCUUCCCGCUCCACCAUCGUCAGUGACAUCUUAGUGGAAAUGCUGUUCAUUAUUGACAUUAUCCUGAACUUUCGUACCACCUAUGUGAGCCAGUCAGGUCAGGUGGUGUACGAGUCUCGCUGCAUUUGCAUUCACUAUGCCACCACUUGGUUCUUUGUGGACCUGGUGGCCGCCUUGCCCUUUGACCUACUCUAUGCCUUCAACAUCACAGUGACCUCUUUAGUCCACCUCCUGAAGACAGUCCGUCUUCUACGUCUGCUUCGGCUUCUUCAGAAGCUCGACCGUUACUCUCAGUACAGCGCCAUGGUGCUGACCUUACUGAUGUCUGUUUUUGCCCUGCUGGCGCACUGGAUGGCCUGCAUCUGGUACAUGAUCGGUCGCAAGGAAAUAGAAACCAAUGAAACCUGGGAGAUAGGAUGGCUUCAUGAGCUGGGCAAACGUCUGGAGACUCCGUACAUCAACAGCACAGUGGGCGGCCCGACGGUCCGCAGCUCCUACAUCGCUGCUCUCUACUUCACCCUCAGCAGCCUGACCAGUGUGGGCUUUGGGAACGUCUGCGCCAACACAGACGCCGAGAAGAUCUUCUCCAUCUGCACCAUGCUCAUCGGUGCCCUGAUGCACGCUGUCGUCUUCGGUAAUGUGACGGCCAUCAUCCAGCGCAUGUACUCACGCCGCUCCCUCUACCACACGCGUAUGAACGACCUGAAAGACUUCAUCCGUGUUCACCGCCUGCCCCAGCAGCUUAAGCAGCGGAUGCUGGAGUACUUCCAGACCACAUGGUCUGUCAACAACGGCAUCGAUGCCAACGAGCUCCUGCACGACUUCCCAGAUGAGCUGCGGGCCGACAUCGCCAUGCAUUUGAAUAAGGACAUCCUUCAGCUGCCGGUUUUUAAAGGGGCCAGCCGAGGCUGCCUGCGCUCACUCUCCCUUCAUAUUAAGACCUCUUUCUGUGUACCUGGGGAGUACCUGAUCCGUCAGGGCGACGCUCUGCAUGCCAACUACUUUGUCUGCUCCGGUUCCCUGGAGGUACUGAAGGACAGCAUGGUGUUGGCGAUAUUAGGCAAAGGGGAUCUGAUCGGGUCUGACUUGCCUGGAACUGAUCAGGUGAUAAAGACGAAUGCGGAUGUGAAGGCGCUCACCUACUGUGACCUUCAGUACAUCAGUGUGCGCGGGCUGAGAGAGGUGCUGGAGCUCUACCCAGAGUAUGCCAGCGUGUUCACCACCGACAUCCACAACAACAUCACCUACAACCUGCGUGAAGGCAGCCAAGACGAGGGCUUCAGCAGAUUCUGCAAGUCGCCCAGACUUCCCCAUCAGUCACCAAAGCUCCCUCCUAUUGUUGAGACCAAGUUGGACGACCCUGAUGACUCCUUCCACCUCUCUCCAGCCACACGCUCUCGGCGCAACCUCUUGCUGCCCAAUUUCACCAGCCCGGUUCGCCGCACCUCCCUGGGUAACCUGCUAGGAGACGAGCUGCGUCAGUUCAACGCCCUGCGACGUUGCCGUUCACCAAACCUCAGCCGACGAUUACCUGGACAAAGCUUGUCCCCUCAGCCACCCUCAAAAAAGGAGCACAGCACUUCCUUAUCCGCCCCAACUCAGGCUUCAACUUCAGCCAAGGACGAGCUGGGAGACGAGCAAAAACCUGCAAAGUUGCUCAUCCCAACGGUGAUGUGUUUUCCACCACCGGACCUCAGUCCCAGGGUUGUAGAUGGCAUCGAAGACAACGGCCACACGUUCCUUUUCACCGUGGAGCACAACAAGCCCCGCUCCGGAACAGGUGGCAUCACCCCAGAAACCACACAAACAAAUGCCACUCUGCUGCAGGAGACGGAGGAGGUGAAAGAGAGCAUAGCUCAGCUAAAUCUAAAGGUGGGCGUAUUAAACCAAGAAGUAUCAGAACUCACCAAGAGCCUUCACAACAUGAUGCAUCUCCUCCAGGCUCAUACAUCUGUAAACCACCACCACCACAAAACCCCCUGUCUUUCAAGUCCUCACUCUGUUCAUACAGUGUCCAGCUCUCCCAUGGCCCCCAGCACCUCCACAGCUUACUGCCUUUAUACCAGUCCGCAGAGUCUCAAAGCCUGGGGCCACCAAAGUGCACCAGUCGCUACCCAGCGGAGCUACACUGAAACUGUUCAGUCCCAUAGCAACCAGUCUACCACACCAAUGUCUAAUGCUUGUCUGCGACUUUCACUAAACUCUUCAUCUAAGUUAGGUUUAUGCCAUAGCACUGAGAGCAUGACAUUACCUGUAUGGACCAGCCCAUCUCUGUUUCAUGUCGGCGGAAGUCCUGACUUGGUGCGUCAUUCAAGUCGGGAUGAGUCCCGACCUCUUGGUGCUGGUCCAACCUCCAUCAGCCAGUCCCAUCCAACGCUGUGUCUGCAGCCUUCCAGUGACAGGGAUGAAUUUGCCUGCCUUCUAUCCAGCGCUCCUGCAGGUACAUCCACACGCAGCCUGCUGGACCCAACGCCUCAAAUCUCCAGUGAUGUUCUGGGUCACAAUCCGACCUUCCAGAUCCACGACUCGCACUCUUCCCUCCCUGCUGCCUCUUCUUCACCGCCUGCAUUACCUGGCCAACCGUCCGACUCCUCUCUGGAUUCGGGAUCGCCACAGAUGGAUGUUUCAGCGUCCCGUCUCACGCUGGGCGACCCCUCUGCUUCAGAGCACACCAGUUUGGAGUGUCUGCUGGGCAACAGGGACUCAGUGGAAAGUAGGGACAGCGAGAGCAUGUCAUCACGAAGGUCCAGCAUCGGCGGUCAAACUCAGAGCACCGAGCAGUCGUGGUGCCUGGACCUCACAGACUGAAGCGUCCACUUUUGAGUGAGACUUGGCAACAGUAGCUGCGUUUCCACUGACCAUAAAAUUGCGAAAAUUGGAAUUACGUAAAUAAAUUCACAUGCCAAUUUCAAAAUUUCUUUCCCGCAUACACUUUUUCCCAAUGGUUUCCUGAGAUAGCAAGUUGCCUGUUUUCUUCAGAUAACUAGUUAAUUUUUCAAUGGUUUUCUCAACAUAAUGAGUUAAUCUUGAUUAUUAGUGUGUGAGUUAAACCUCAUUCCAUCCUUCAAUGCAUGCUGUCAUGCACAAUUGCAAGCGGCAUGCCUUUAAAGGCUGGAAUGAGAUUUAAAACAACUGAUCUCAAAAACCAUCAGGAAAUGAAUUCUUCAUCUCUAGAAAACCAUCGGGGAAAAGUGUAUUUGGAGAACAGGAAGUUAUCUCAGAAAAAAUGAACUCCUUGUUUUUGAGAAAAUCAUUCGGGAAAAGUAUUUAUCAAAUCGUCCUCUUUCGACUUCCGUAGAUUUGUGAGCUUAUCAAAAUUGGUGCUUUUUUACAAAACUGAAAUGGAAAAACUUUUUCCCAUCCAACCAGUUGUAUACAGCAGCAGCACGCUUAUUUGUGGGAACUGACGUCCUCGGACAACAUGCAGCUGGCUCCACCAGAACUCUCAGCGUCGGACAAUUCAUCAAAACUUGAGUUUGUUGAAUCCGUAGCUCUUUUGUAAACUCGCCGACUUCAAUUUCCCCAAAACACUACGUUUAUAUGUAGCUGUAGUAAUAUAAGUAGCUUGUCGCUCCAUCGUCUAAAUAAGGCUGCGAUCACUCUGCAACCUAAAGUGACCCAAUUCCGAUUUUUUUUUUCUUUUUUUCGUAAUCCCGACCUGUAUCUGAUCUUUUCAUGACAGUCUGAACAACACAGGUCGGAUUUUUCCCGAAUGCGACCCAGACCACUUGGAUAUCCGAUACGUAUCCGAUCUUUAAAAAAAAAAAGUGAUCCGAGUCUCAACGGCCAGGUUCUGAACGUCAUUGAUACUCGACAAACGUCACUAUUCUGCAUCCUGAUACGCCCAAGCAGGAAGAAAAACGACAACCAUGGUGGACUACAAUGAGGUUUAAGUUGUUAAAGUACUGGCUUCGGUCGGACAACUUCAAAAUCAUAAGCUAUGCUCCACCGUUAGCCUCCAUGUUUACUUCCGCAAACAUUGAGCACCGCUUCUUUUCUACGGUAGUUGGCAAAACACUGCGCACGCUCUCUGUGACGUCAUUGCGCCCUCUAGUGGGCAUGCGGGACACCUUCAGGUCGUUUGCAGUUCACAAAGGAGAUCACAUACAAGUCGCAUAUAUGUGGAAGCGUGAACGACCACGGCAAAAAGAAAAUUCGUUUUGACAAAAAAAUCGGAAUUGAGUCACUUCAGGUUGCAGUGUGAAUGUAGCCUAAGACGCUGAUGUCUGAUAAUGGGCACUACUGCAGUUGCUGAAAUAUGAAUACAACUCAUAAGUGUUUUGAUCCAUCACCACCAUUAAUUUUAAAGACUGAGCACAUAAAAAUGCUUGUUUACGUGUGAUUUUAAUUCAGUUUCUUAUUUUAUAUUAACACCUCAAUUGCGAAAUUGUGUUUUUUCGACAUUAGCAGAUUAUCGGAAAACUUCUGUGCACAUUUGUAAUGGAAACGCAUCUAUUGUCGCUUUAUCGUCAUGCAUCUUCAUACAGUAUUUAAACCGUCUCUGACAGAUUGUAAAUCUGUACUUUUUGUUACCAUCCUAACUUUUGGGCUCCUGCAUUUGUCACUUUCUAUGCAACAGCAUGUUUUUGUGCAUUAUAUCGGCUUUACUGAAGUGUGUCUUCAGCUCCGCCACAGGAGCCACAGUAUAUAUGUUGUAUAUUUUUCCAGCGUCCUCAAUCAUUUUGCCAUCUAUGAAACCUGUUACCUCUCUUGCAUGGUAAAAGUUGUUUAUUCUUUUUCCUAAGGAAAAGUGUGUAAGCAUUCUACAUUUCUACAUCUACGAUUGAUUGUGUACACAAAUACUGUAUUUACACAGGAAGUGAGUCUGAGCUAUUGGAUAUUUUCAUAUAGAGAGGAACUACCAUGGCAUGCCUCACUUUGCAUGUAUGAAUAUGUGCACUGCAUAGAUUGUCUGUUUUUUUUUUAUUAUUAUUUUAUUGAAUGUCAAUCCAAAAUUCAGCAUUUUCUUUUCAGACUGUUGUAUAUCCACUGAAGUCUUACUUUCUUCUGUACACUUCAAAUUAUCUGGAAAUUUAAAUACAUUUCCUAUUUUCCACACUGUCAAGUUAAGUAUAACAUUUAAAAUUUAAAUUCCGCCAUAUUUUCUAUAGUAAGCAUUCGAAAUACACCUCUGCUGAAGAAUACAAUCUAAAUGUCCAUAUUAAACUGAAACAUUUAAAUCAUGUUCAUCCACACAAAUUCCUCAGAGGGAAGCACACAUUUUCCUGAUUAAUUAAGAGUAUUUUAUUCUUUCUGAAAAGUUUCUCCUUGGUUGUCAAAAUAAAAAACUGAG